AUGCGGCCUUUGUUCGAGGUGUUACGCCAUCUUUUCAUCGCCAGCUUGGCAGGCACAUGCCACGGCCAAUUUGGCGUGCAAAAUGAUAGGUCGGUUCUCGGUAUUAACAAUGAAUUCUCAGGGGUUUGUUACACCUAUGUCUCAGUGUAUCCUGUCCUUGCAGACGAUGAGUACAUCACCAUUACAAAGCCUUACAGAGGGUCGGUCACUGCCUUGUACACUGUCCCUCCACAGAGUGAUGAACCUGGUAUUGUCAUCGUUGAACAGCCGGGUGGCUCUUCAGCGCCUGAGAAUGUGGUAAUUCCUGCUACAGAUGAUCGCCCUUAUUCGAUUAUUAUCCGACCAUACCAAGGGUCAAGGCGCAUAUCUGCACCCAUCACACAGGUUGUUCCACCAAGAGAUGGCCGUCCAGGACAAAUUAUCAUCGAGACUCCAGAGACUGCCGCUGCCGGUCUUACACCUGGAGUCUUGUUUCCAGUGACACUGGAGCCUCAGUAUUCGACGGGGUAUGUAACGGUUCUACAGCCCGUGGCUGGCACACUGGCAUCACUGCAGCUCAUCACCAUUACACCAACCGGAACGAACCGGGGAUCAGUCAUUAUUAAUAUUCCCGCCUCUUCAUUCAACGGAGAAAAUACUGCAGGUAUCACCCUCGAACCUGAUUCUGAAGGCGACUACGUCACGGUGCUACAACCAGCGGGUGCUUCAUUCACUGGUACAACUCCAAUCCGUAUUACAGUUCCACCCAGUGGCGACAGGCCUGGUACUAUCAUCAUCCAAACACCCAUCCCAGGGCUUUUCAGGCCAGCAAGUCUCGAGACCUUGUCUUCCAACCCUCUAAGCUCAUUGGGUUUAUUCGCUGGCCAAACAAUUACUCUCCAACCUACAGAUGCUACUGGCUACGUGACCAUAAUCGAGCCAGCCGAAGGUAGUGUUACCCCGACAGCACCCGUCCGAACGACGAUCCCACCGACUGGUACUAAGCCUGGUACUGUUCUCAUUCAGACCCCUCCUGGAGGUAACAAUGGACAACCCAGUGGCGGAGCAGUCACCGAUGCUGCUGGUGCAACUAUACCACCCACGCGCACUCGCCCAGAUGGAGCUAUUCCUUACACAACAGUUACCCGAGGCGUGUCUAAUGAUAUCAGCAACUCUGGAAGUGGCUCUGGAGGUAGUUCGGCCGAUGGCGGUAGCGAUGGUCAAAAUGGAUCUGAGGAUGAUGACGGAUUUGAAUUUGGAGGAGUUCAAGGUCGACCAGGUCAAGGGCAGGGUGAUGGUGAUGGCCCUCGAGAGACACUUACAAUCCCGCCUGAAGGUGGCAGACCUGGCACUGUUCUUGUCUUGACACCUGACGGGCAAGUUAAUUCGCAGACUGAUGACGACUCCAACGACUCUCCUGCUGGGACUCAGCCUACCGGGGGAUCUAGUACAGGGAACCAAGGUGGCUCCAGUGGCGGCAAUGGCCAGAGCGGAAGUGGAAGUGGCUCAUCUGGCUCUGGCUCUGGCUCUGGCUCUGGCUCUGGCUCUGGAUCGUCAGGAUCUGGAUCUAACUCAGGCCAAGGAAGCAGCUCCAACAAUGGAGGGUCUAACGGCAAUGACGAUGAUGAACCGGGAAGUGGAGAUGUACAAGGCAACGGAUCUGGAUCGCAAGGCGCUGACGGAGACGGAGAAGUUGAUGGCGAUGGCGAUGGUGAUUCAUCUGGAAACGGUGCAUCGUCUGGGUCAGGUUCAGGUUCAGGUUCAGGUUCAGGUACCGGAAAUACUUCUGGCAAUGGUGGACGGCCAGGAGACGAUAACGACGGUUCCUCUGACGACGGUGACGACUUAAGCGGCUCCCAAGGUGGUAAUGGAGGAGGAUCCGGAAGUGGCCAGGGCAGAAGCAGUACAAGAUCUGCUGGUGCUUCUCAAAACACCAGAGGCGCCUCCAAUGACGAUGGUGACAAUGACGACGAUGAUGACCCCAUCAAUGGAGGUACCCAGGGUGGAGAUGGUAGUCCUGGAGGUGAAGAUAAUGGCGAUGAUGAGUCAAGUCGGUCAUCUUCAAGUCGCCGAUCAAGCACCUCACGAAGUUCAUCCUGGACUAAAUCUCCAGGCGUGAUGACCAGACAUGUAACAUACACUGUGACCUCUGGCACCAGUGUUUUCACCAUCACCUCCAACAUUAUCGAGACCCUCAGCGAUGGCAAGUCAUCCACCCGCCGAUCUACAACCACUAGACGAAGUGGUACUAUCAGUGGUGAUCUGCAGGGAUUAGACAGCGGUAGUCAAGGCGUCGCGGGCAGCACAACUUUCGUGAGACCUGCCAACAGCAGAUCUACAAGCUCUAGACGGACCUCUACUUCCAACGCCAACGGUAAUGGAGAUCCAGAACCUGCCGCCUCUACAGUUCAGUCGAAUGAACCGCCUCAGGUUUCUCCAGGUCCAGGCCCUGAGGAUACCAAUGCUGUAUCGUCCGGUUCAAACGCCUCUGGCUCACCAGAUACAGCUGUUCGACCCGGUGGUAGUGGUCUGAGCACAACAAGUCGCAGAUCGACUGCAACUACCUCUCAGACCACAAAAAGCUCGAGUAGGCGAUCAUCUAAUGCCAAUGGAGGUUCAGAUGAGACCGCUGCUUCCCCAUCAAGAGCCCGAACGACUACAUCUACUUCUAGAAGCACUUCAGUUUCAUCAAGACCUGGCCAGGGAUCGGGUGGCUCAGCCUCUAUUUCAUCGCAAGCAUCACGGUCCACAUCCUCAACUGCAUUUCUCAGCGGUCAGCCCGAAGGCCUCGGGUCUAGAUCUGAUGAUGUCCAGGCGAGUGCCACUUCAAGCACCACACGAAGUAGCUCAGUCACUGCAUCUUCAACAUCCCACUCUUCUACCAGAAGUCCUGGAGAUACAACGCUACCGAAUGUGAACACCCGACCUGGUGGCGACACAGCAGGUCAAGGAUCUUCUACUACCUCUUCUAGGCCGUCUUCGUCUCUGACAACAGCGCGGACUUCCACUACUACAACACAAGAGGUGAUCAAUAUUGACACACUCAUUGGUUCUCAAAGCGUGGCUGAGUCCGAUCGCGUACCCCAGGGUGAUGAAGAGACGACUACAGCUCGCAGAACAAGCACCACAACUAGCAGUUCUGAGGCUGACAACCAAGAGUCGACGGCGUCGGCCGGAGAGUCGAACUCUGACAGCGAGACCGCUUCACUAUCUGUUGGAUCAACUGCCACUGCUGGUGGUGGAGACGAAGACACUGACUCGUCUUCCAGUGAGCCAGCUCUCACUGGAGAGCCUGCAGGAGGUCCAGGAAGUUCAACGACUGUCGAUGACGACGAUUCUGAGCCUUCAACAGUGGUUUCUAAUGGUGCGCCAAUUGUUGUUGAACCAUCUGAUGCUACCUCGUCCGAAGACUCCAACACAGAACAAUCUUCAAGUGGUUCUGACAACGAACCGUCUAUAACUGGUGGAGAUGAUGAUGCGGGAACUAGUGCGACCGAUGGUGCUGCAUCUCAAGACCCCGAUGGUGAAGAGUCUGGCUCUGAGACUUUGUCAGAUGGUGCUGAAGAGACCGGAGAGCCUGGUUCAGAUGAGGAUGAUACCAGUAUGAUCACUCCUCAAAUGCCAGUUCCCACCAGCCCAUUACCAAGUAUCGCCUCAGAUGACGAUGAUCUUGAUACCGAGACAGAAGAUAUUAUCACAGAUGAACCUACUGGUAGCGUAACUGCUGAACCCGAUAACUCGUCUGGUGCUUCGAAUGGCGAAGUAACAGAGACAGACUCUGAUGAUGCAGAUGAGACAAGCGGCACAGAAGGAAGUGAACCCGUAGAAACUAGUACUACUGAUGAAGAUGGAGAUGAUGACGACUCGGCAACUGCAACGGGUGGCUCUGGAUCCAACACGGAAGAUGAAAGUGAGACCGCCACUGAUAUGUCCGCAGGAAUCCCUGCAGACAGUGUCACAGAAGAUGGCACCCAAACCACCGAAGAGCCCAACGGAGCCGUACCAACAGUUACUUUCUUCCGAGAAGGUCAAGGCCAAUUCAGAACAACGCUGUACAUCCCACCUCGGUCUACUGGAGAUCCUUGGACCGCUAUCAUUGAGACUCCAGUCUCUGAAACCCAAUCCGAAGGAGCAACCGCCCGCGGAGACGAUGAUGUGCUUGCUACUGCCCCUGCAAUUACUGGAACAGCCAAUAUCACCAUCUUCAGAGCUGGCAGUGGUUUUGGUAGGAGGACGUUCUACAUAUCUCCUAGUGCUUCUGAUCUACCUGGUACUGUCAUCAUAGAGACACCAACCGGCGUGACUCCACCAGUGACUGCGACAGCAUUUACUACACUAUAUGCUACUGGAACUGGAUUAACCACGGCAACUAUCUACUACCCUCCGGACUCACCUGAUGAGCCUGGCACUUUUGUCGUUGAGCUUCCUGCCGCUGGUGCCGACUCUACUACCGAUGCGGACACUAGAUCUGGUACCACCAUUACUACACAGGGCACCGGAACAGUGGCGACAACUAUCUACAUCCCACCCGGUGUCCCGGGAGAGCCUGGUACAUUUAUUGUUGAGAAUCCUGCCUCUGAGACGGACGAUGACCCAAUUCCCGAUGAUGAAAAUGAGAGUACGGACUCUGAUGCGGUCAUCACACCAGCUCCCACCGACAUUAUCUCCCCUGACCCCAACGGAAAUCUCACACUCUAUAGAUCUGGUGAAGGUUCUACACGACGGACCAUCUUCAUCCCGCCGACAUCAAGCGGUGACGUGUGGACCGUUGUCAUCGAGACUCCAGCUUCAGAGACCGAAUUGGAAGAAACUGGAACUGCAGCAACUGUUCCUGGCUUUCAAACAACAAUUGCCUCGGUCACUGGAACAGCCAACUUUACUCUUUUCAGACCUGGCACAGCGACGACAACAGAGACAUCCUACAUUGCACCCAAGACUUCAGGCGAGCCAGGAACAGUUGUCAUUGAAACACCCGUUUCAAGAUCCUCUAGUAGUGGUCGCACCGCUAAUCCCGAUGCUCUCACAACUGAGGAUGCCAUCUCCGCCGAGGAGACUAUAACUCUCUCUAUUCAAGGUACUGGCACGAGGGCAACGACUUACUAUGUUCCACCUGCGAUUACCGGUGAUCCUGGCACACUCUACAUUGAAGUGCCUGCCACAGAAUCUGGUAGUUCUGAUGAAACCACAGAAACAACCCUACCUCCUGGAGUCCUUCCCAAUGUUACUAUUUCCAGUGGCGUGGCAGGAACAGUUACUCGGACCAUAUAUAUACCUCCCGCGGAGUCGGGCGAACCUGGUACUAUCGUAAUUGAGGUACCUACCGGUGGAUCCGGCAAUACUGAUGAUGAUGGAGAUAUCAUCUCAGCUGCCACUACCGUGACAAGCUUCAGGGGUGGACCCGCUUCUGUUGCCAUCACCAGUUACAUUCCUCCAACAGUCUCUGGAGAGGCUGGGACACUUGUCAUCAUCACCCCGACCGAGGGGUCUGGGGUCACUACCACUGAUGAUGAAGACGCAGAAGAGACAGUGGAUCCAAUUGAUCCCGAUGGCGAUUUCAUCUCAGCAACUACAACCACUACUGUGACCCAAGGUGGCCCAGGCUCAACCACUCGGACAGUGUACAUCCCUCCUACUGCUUCGGAUGAACCUGGUACUUUGAUCAUCGUCACCCCAACUGAUGGGUCUCAGGCCAGUACCACUGGCGAUGAAGAUGCAGAAGAGACUGGAGAAGCUUCCGAGACAGACUCUAUCACCGAGGUAGAUGUGAUAGAGGCAGCUACGACGAUCACCACCGUCAGAGGUGGCUCAGGCUCAACCACCCGGACUAUAUACAUCCCCCCUACUGCGUCAGGUGAAGCCGGCACACUCAUUGUUGAAACACCCACAUCUGACCCAGACAAUUUGUCUGCUGAAAUUACAGACACAGAGGCAGGUAGCCCAACUCCUGUUGUCACAUCUGGAGGCAACGUAACAAUUUACACUGGUGGACCUGCUUCGUCUACGACGACUCGAUAUAUUUCUGCUACUGUAUCAGGGGAGCAGGGCACUGUGGUAAUUGAGACCCCAACAUCUGGGCCUCAGGCUACGGGUAUCGGAAACGUUACAAUUGUCACUGGUGGUCCUGCCACAGUUACUCAGACUCGUUAUAUUCCUGCUACCAUAGCUGAUGAGCCUGGUACAAUUGUCAUUGAGACUCCUACGCAGGAUGAUGAUAAUUCGGGACCUUCAGAAACUGGUAGCGAUCCUAGUGCUAUCACUGUUCCAGGCAAUGUUACCGUCACGAGUGGUGGAUCUGGUUCAGCUACAAGCACUAUUUACAUUGCGCCAACAGCAUCAGGGGAGAGUGGAACCAUUAUCGUCGAGUAUCCAACUGGUGAUACUGAUGAUGAUGAUGCAACCACAAUUGCUCCUACCGGAUCGGGUGGUAACUCUACUAUCAUUCGUGGAGGCCCGGCCAGUGCCACAACGACUAUAUACAUACCGCCCACAGCGUCUGGCGAAGGAGGCAUUGUUAUCAUUGAGACACCUACAAACGACGAGGGAGAAACAGGUGUACCCGAGACUGGAACCAUCACAGAUGGCCCCAUUGUCACCGGUCAACCUGGAAACACUACUAUCUUCACCAACUCUCCCGGAACAGCUACAGAGACGUUUUACUUCCCUCCCGACAAUCCCAGUGAGCCAGGUACUGUCAUUGUGGUGUCUCCCAGAACCGCGACCACAGUCUACACUGAUGGCUCGGUCACUGCUCCUCGAACUUUGUACAUUUCUGCAACAGUCUCUGGGGAGCUUGAUACAGUAGUGGUCGAGGCACCAAGGAGCGCAGGAGUCGAAGCCACAACUAUUACCAGAGGUGGGCCAGUUUCUGUCGCAACAACAGUCACUGUUCCUGGUGUAUCUGGAGAGCCAGAUACCGUUUACGUGGAGACACCCACUAUAUCUGAUGAUGCAGCUUCAGAGACCGAUGAUGAUGAAGUUGAAGCCACGACGAUCACUAGAGGUGGGCCCGUUACCGUCGCAACUACAAUCACUAUCCUUGGUGCAUCGGGAGGACCAGAUACGGUAUUUGUGGAAACCCCAACCGUAUCAGCUGGUGACUCGACUGGUAGUAACACAGUUGAUGCAACUACUAUUACACGUGGAGGGCCAGUCUCAGUUGCGACAACAAUAACUGUGCCUGGUGUAUCAGGUCAACCGGAUACAGUCUACGUCGAAACUCCUGCUACAACAGUCGACAGCGCAUCUACGGAGAGUGCGGAAGAGUUGGAGGCUACUACUAUUACACGUGGCGGACCAGUAUCAGUUGCGACAACAAUCACCAUUCCCGGUGCACCAGGACAGCCAGAUACGGUUUUCAUCCAAACCCCAACUACCAAAGCCGAUAUUACAGCUUCAGACACUAUCGUAGCUACCACAAUAACUAGAGGUGGCCCGGGCACGGUGACAACAACGAUUACUGUACCUGGUGAAUCAGGCCAACCAGAUACAGUCUUCGUCGUGACUUCGACUAGCACAGACGGUACCGAGGCUUCAGAGACUGGUGAUGCUAUUGAAGCUACCACGAUCACUAGAGGUGGCCCAGUCUCAGCGGCAACUACCGUUACUAUUCCAGGUGCACCAGGAGAGCCGGACACAGUUUUCGUUGAGACGCCAACGACUACAGUUGACAGUAUAGCUUCCGAGACUGGCGAUAAAGUUGAAGCUACUACGAUCACUAGAGGUGGGCCGGCCGCCGUACCAACAACUGUUACCAUCUCAGGUGAAUCAGGCCAGCCGGACACGGUUUAUGUUGAGACGCCAACUGCACCAGCGAAUGGAAAUGAGCCUACUACAAUUACUACGGGCGGACCAGUCUCAGUCGCAACGACAAUUACUAUUCCCGGCGUAUCAGAUCAGCCCGAUACUGUUCUCGUCGAGACACCAACAUCUUCAGCUGACCAGAAUGAAGCGACCACAAUUACUCGAGGUGGCUCUGUCACAGCCGCUACGACACUAACUAUCCCUGGGGCAUCUGGUGAACCUGACACCGUUGUUGUUGGGACACCUGCAGAAACCUCUAGAGAUUCUGAUGUUGAGUACACAACUAUCACUAGAGGCGGCUCAGUCUCAGUCGCAAUGACAAUUACUAUCCCUGGCAUAUCAGGCCAGCCCGAUACAGUUCUCGUCGAAACACCGAUUUCUACAGCUGGCCAGGACGAGGCCACUACAAUUACUCAAGGUGGCCCUGUCACGGCCGCUACGACGUUUACUAUCCCUGGAGCGUCUGGUGACCCAGACACUGUUGUUGUUGAGACACCUGCAACGUCCUCUAGGGAUUCCGAUAUUCAGUAUACGACUAUCACUAGAGGCGGUUCAGUGACUGCUGCCACUACCGUUACAGUUCAAGGUAUAUCUGGCGGGCCAGAUACAGUUUUCAUUCAGACGCCCACAGAGUCCCCCAGCGACGCUGAAGUCGAGUAUACCACCAUCACGAGAGGUGCCCCCGUCACGGCCGCUACGACAAUUACUAUCCCCGGUGAACCUGGACAACCAGACACUGUAGUUGUUCAGACACCUGAAGAGUCCUCUCGAGAAACCGUCCAGUAUACGACCAUUACCAGAGGCGGUUCUGUUACUGCUGCUACCACCGUCACGGUUCAAGGCGUGUCUGGUGGACCAGAUACUGUUUUUAUUGAAACGCCUACGGAAUCCCCUACUGACAGUGAAUCGGAGUAUACUACUAUUACUAGAGGUGGUGCCGUUACUGCGGCCACAACAUUUACGCUUCCAGGUCUGCCUGGAGAACCAGAUACUGUUGUUGUUGAGACACCUGUAGAGUCAUCCAGAGAUGGUAUCGAGUAUACCACAAUCACCAGAGGCGGUCCUGUGACAGCCGCUACCACUGUUACGAUUGAAGGAGUAUCUGGAGGACCAGAUACAGUAUUCAUUGAGACCCCCGUGGAGUACACCACUAUCACCAGAGGUGGACCUGUGACUGCUGCUACCACUGUUACAGUCCAAGGUGUGUCCGGUGGACCAGACACCGUGGUUAUCGAAACACCUGUGGAGUAUACCACUAUUACUAGAGGUGGCCCUAUUACCGCUGCCACAACAGUCACAAUUCCAGGAGUUUCUGGAGAACCAGAUACUGUCUUCAUCGAAACACCAAAUGGUUCAGCUACAGGCGGUAGUGAUCUUGAACCUACAACCAUCACCAGAGGUGGUCCUGUAACUGCUGCUACAACUGUUACUAUUCCAGGGGAACCCGGGGAGCCAGAUACCGUCUUCGUCGAGACACCGACUGGCCCAGCCGCGGGCGACGACGAGCCUGAAACGACAACGAUCACAAGAGGCGGGCCUGUAUCUGUUGCGACAACAAUCACCUUCACUGGUUUGUCGGGUGCGCCGGAUACUGUCCUCAUCGAGACUCCGACUGGUUCGAAUGCGGGCAGUGGUGAAGUUGAAGCUAUAACUAUCACAACAGGUGCCCCUGUUACAGCUGCCACAACCGUUACAAUUCCCGGUUUAUCGGGUGCUCCAGAUACCAUUGUUAUUCAGACACCAACUGACCCAGCUGCGGGCGGUGAUGAGCCGGAGGCCACGACUAUCACAAGGGGUGGGCCUGUGUCUGUUGCUACAACAAUCACCAUCCCAGGCGUGUCUGGUGCUCCGGACACUGUUCUUAUCGAGACUCCAACCGGUACAGAUGUGAGUAGUAGUGAGCCUGAAGCUACUACGAUUACAACAGGCGGGCCUGUUACCGCUGCCACAACAAUUAAGAUUUCAGGCGUGUCAGGCGCUCCGGACACGGUCGUUAUUCAGACGUCAACUGGCGCAGAGGUUGAAGCCACGACAAUCACAACAGGAGGCCCAGUGUCUGUGGCGACAACAAUCACCAUCCCAGGCGUGUCUGGUGCUCCGGACACUGUCCUUAUCGAGACUCCCACAGAGUCUUCUGGAGAUGAACCUUCGGAGACUGAUGACGGAAGCGAUGAAGACUCAAUAGCCACCACAAUCACUAGAGGAGGUUCAGUAUCGGCUGCAACAACAUUUACCCUCACUGGCGAAUCCGGCGAGCCAGGUACUCUUGUCAUAGAGACUCCCACUUCUGUCUCGGGAGAUGAGGAGACGACCACCGAUGAACCUACAGGAGUCGUUGUCUCUCCAGAUGGUAGACCUAAUACCACAAUCACCAUCCCCGGUCCUGUGACAGCACCACAGACAAGAUAUGUCUCAGCUACAGUGUCUGGCGAGUUGGAUACAAUCAUCAUCGAGGUACCGACUGCCAGCUUCACUGAAGAUGAGGUUGAAUACACUACUAUAACCAGUGGUGGAUCUGGAAGUGUCAUUCGCACUACAACACUUGAGCCUGACUCUCCAGAUGAACUCGGCACGGUCAUUGUCAUCACUCCUACAGGAUCUGAUGAGGCUGGAGGCGAGAUUACUACAACUGCCACAGAUGACGCCGACGAUAUUGAGUACAUUACUUUAUCUGAUAUUUGGACUGGAAGUGUCACUCGCACAAGAACACUCCAGCCCGACUCUCCUGGUGACCUUGGCACAGUUAUUGUGGACAGUCCUGCUAGUGAAACUGGAGGCGAGGUAACUACCACAGACAAUGCCGACGACGUCGAAUACACAACUUUAUCUGGCGAUUGGACUGGAACUUCUACUCGUACCAGAACAUUAGAGCCUGGCUCUCCUGGGGACCUUGGCACGGUCAUCGUGGAGGCACCUGCGGGUGAGACCGGGGAUGAGACAACUACCACUGCUACAGAUGACGCUGGAGACAUUGAGUACACUACUCUAUCUGGUGGUUGGACUGGUACUGUUACGCGCACUAGGACAUUACAGCCUGAUACCCCCAGUGAACUUGGUACUGUUAUUGUCGAAACUCCAAUCACUACGGGUGACGGUGGGGAUGAGGUAACGACCACAGACGAUGCUGGCGACGUCGAGUACACUACUCUAUCUGGUGGUUGGACUGGUACUGUUACGCGCACUAGGACAUUACAGCCUGAUACCCCCAGUGAACUUGGUACCGUUAUCGUCGAAGCUCCGACCGAUGAAGCUGGCGAUGUUGAGUAUACUACUAUCAGCAUCGGCGGUCCUGUGACCGCUGAUCGCACCACUACUCUUCAACCAGGUUCCCCAGGAGAUCUUGGUACUGUCAUUGUCGAGACGCCUACAAGCUCUGACGAUGGAGAGGAAGAAGAAACAACAGCUGCCAGUACAGAAACCACCGAUGGUGCCGUGGAGUAUACUACUAUCUCCCUUGGUGGCCCAGUCACUGCUCCUCGUACAACCACCCUGCCUCCCGGUUCCCCAGGUGACCUUGUAACGGUCAUUGUCGAGUUUGCGACUGAGCCAGCUGGUGAUGAAGAGGUUCAGUACACAACCAUAUCUGUCGGCGGACCCGCUAAUAUUCCUCGAACUACUACCAUUCCACCUGACUCGUCUGGAGGAAUCGGUACUGUCAUCGUCGAGACACCUACUGGAGGCGAUAACGGCGGAGAAAUUGAUUAUACCACAAUUUCCGUUGGAGGAUCUGUAACAGCUGCUCGUACAACAACAUUGGCUCCAGGAUCUCCGGGAGAUCUUGGCACAGUUAUCGUGGAAACACCUAUCGCUGGACAAGGUACAGCCCCUGCCGAUGAGGUAACCUACACGACCAUCUAUGUCGGUGGGCCUGUUACUGCUCCCAGAACUACCACACUGGCACCAGGUGCACCAGGAGACCUGGGCACGGCCAUCGUCGAAACGCCCACCGAUGGACAAGGUGCAGCCACUACCGAUGAGAUCCGGUAUACCACCAUCUCUGUUGGAGGACCUGCUAGUGUGCCUAGGACUACGACGCUGCCGCCAGGUUCUCCAGGAGAUCUCGGCACAGUUAUUGUCGAAACUCCCACGACUGCCGAGGAGAUCACGUAUACCACCGUCUCUGUCGGAGGGCCCGUUACCGCUCCUAGGACAACGACGUUGGCGCCAGGUGCACCGGGAGACCAGGGGACAGUUAUCGUCGAAACACCUACCACUACCGAGAUCAGGUACACCACUAUUUCCGUUGGUGGAACUGUUACUGCCCCGAGAACUACUACGAUUGCUCCAGGUUCUCCGGGAGACCUUGGUACGGUUAUCGUCGAAACACCAAUUACUGCCAACGAGAUUAUAUAUACCACCAUCUCUGUUGGAGGACCUGUUACUGCUGCCAGAACUACCACGCUGGCGCCAGGUGCACCAGGAGAUCUCGGCACAGUUAUUAUUGAAACACCUACAAGUGCAGUGGGUAGAAAUACUACUAUCUAUGCUGGCGGACCUGGCUCUGUUGCAACAACUAUUUACUUCCCACCUGCAACAGAUGAUCCUGAAAAGGUCGGUACAGUUUUGAUUGAGACUCCUACACCUUCACCCACCGCAGCGCCAGUUAUCCAGAACAUCACACGUACUGUGGGAGGUCCAGCUGGUAUUACUACAACCAUCUAUGUUUCUCCUGCAGCACCAAACGAACCUGGAACUAUUCUCAUCCAGACUCCGACAACCACCCUCGCUGAAACACCAGCACCAGUCAUUCAAAACGUCACACGUACUGUUGGAGGACCGGCUGGUAUUACUACCACGAUCUAUGUUUCUCCCGCUGCACCGAAUGAACCUGGAACUAUCCUCAUCCAAACUCCCACCACUACUCUUGUUGAAACGCCUACUCCUGUGGUCCAGAACGUCACUCUUACUAGGGGAGGUUCAGUAGCGACGACAAUCUACAAUCCUCCAGGCGCAGUAGGUGACCCAGGAACAGUUAUCAUCCAAACACAAACUACUCCUGUGGUCCAAAAUGUCACUAUCACAAGGGGAGGUUCGGUAGCAACGACAAUCUACAAUCCCCCAGGCGCAGUAGGUGAUCCAGGCACAGUCAUCAUCCAAACGCAAACUACUCCUGUCCAAAACGUCACUAUCACGAGGGGAGGCUCGGUAGCGACGACAAUCUACAAUCCUCCAGGCGCGGCAGGUGACCCUGGAACAGUCAUCAUCCAAACGCAGACCGUUAUUCAAAACGUCACUAUCACGAGGGGAGGUGCAGUAGCAACGACAAUCUACAACCCCCCAGGCACAACAGGUGACCCAGGAACAGUCGUCAUCCAAACUACCUUCCCGGUACCCACUGGAAUGCCAACAUUCAAUUGCGACGGUUUUGGCUACACCAUCGGCGGUUUGCUGGCUCCAACUCUGACAAGAGUCAAUCUCGUCACAGGCGCCCGAACGGAUAUUUAUUACGGCGUGGGUCCAGGUCUGGUUGUUCAGGCCAUCGGUUUCAACCCUACCGACAACUACAUCUACGGCUUUAUACCAAGGGGUCUUGUCACCAGUAUCUUAUGUGCACUACUUGCAUGCGAGCAGUCGCAACUUAUCCGGAUCGCCAGCAAUGGUAACUCGGAAGUUUUGCCAGUCUAUAUCCAAUCAGGGGGGGUUAGUAUGGGUGACUUUGACCCUAACGGCAACCUAUGGGUUUCUGAAGGCGGAGGUAAAUGGUGGUCGAUUAAUCUUCGAAAGGGUUCAUCAAACUUUGGAAACGUCGCUCAAGGCACGUCUUCAAAGGCUCUCCUCACCGGUGUCGGCGACUGGAGUUAUGUUCCCGGUGGAGGCAACUAUCUUUACUCAGUACAGGCAUCGGUCAUUAGCAACAGUGGUGGUCUCUUGAGAACAAACGUUGUGCGCUGGGAUCUUGCCACAAAGAAGUGGGAAAACUUUAGGGCCUACCCUGGCAUUCUCAUGACAGCCCUCAACUUGCUCUGGGGCGCUACCAUAGCAGCGCCCAACGGCAUUCUGUUUGCGCAAGAAAAUGUCCUAGGUCAAACGUGGAGAUUCGAUCUGACCAGUACUACGGCGGAUCCUGCACCUAUACCAGGAGGUGCAAUCUUGAACUUGAAUAGCGAUGGUGCCAAGUGUGCAAGCGGGGUUGUUUAA